CGCGACUAUCGGCUAAAUCAGAAGCAGAUGGUAAACUCUGACUUGCAACAACAGUCCUGGACUUCCUUUCUAAUAAGACCGCUUUGAUCGAGGUGGUGCCCAGAUCCAAACCCAGAAUACUACCUGGCCAGCGUGUUGAGUAAAACAUCCGGGUACUGACGGCGCACUGCACUUUGACGUACUUCCAAUUGGCCGGCGUAAAUACAUUUUCCUGUGACCGGCAACCCCUGAGCCAAGAUGGCAGCUGUUGUAGCCAAGCGAGAGGGACCACAGUUCAUCAGUGAAGUGGCCAUGAGGAGCAACGCCGCCGUGCUGGACUAUUGCCGCACGUCCGUGUCAGCGCUGUCCGGAGCUACGGCCGGUAUCCUGGGUUUGACGGGACUGUAUGGCUUCAUUUUUUAUUUGCUGUCCUCCUUCCUCCUGUCUUUGCUGCUCAUCCUCAAGGCUGGGCGGCGAUGGAACAAAUGCUUUAAAUCCAGGCGGCUGCUCUUCACCGGCGGCUUGGUUGGAGGCCUUUUCACCUACGUCCUGUUCUGGACUUUUCUUUAUGGAAUGGUGCACGUGUACUAAAGCCAUCUAACACAACUUAACUCAUUCAACUUUAUUUGAUCUGUAGAUGAGCCAAAUAGUUGUCAUUUUAUUCCAUUAUGACCUGCUGAUGUAUAAGAGGGAGUGUGUUCAUAAUUCCAGUUGUCCUCCCACACAUACUACUACACAAUGUGGCUUUGAUUUCAUACAUAACUCCAGGCCUCUUUUCAUUUAUGACCAUGCCCAUGGAUUAUUCAACAGACUGGAGCACAUUAUGUACAAUACUCAUGUUAAAUGCGAAGAAAUGCGAUUACUAAUUGGAAUAAAUACCUCUGUAAAACUUGUUUGCAUACAUCAUAUCUAUCUUUCCGCUUUACUUACCAUCACAAAGAAGAUACACAAUCAUUUCCAACAAAGACAAUUCAAAUAAAAAGACGCAUACAAAUAGUCACAGUAGGGCUGUAGCACACAAUAAAUAGUCCAUAGCAGUGUUGAGUUAAUCAAGGUACGGUAUAUUCAAUCUACUGAAUAGCAUUGGGACCUGUCCUUUUAAUGAGUGAAGUCCACCCUGCAUCUUUUGUUCUAAUAGCUGUGAAAUAAUGCUAAGAAUCUCAAGUAAGGUUUACAAUUUAAUAUCAAAAGGAGUAGAUACAAACAAUUGCAAUGCCAGCGCUGAGUAAAACCGUCAGCACCCCCAGCCAAGGUUUAGUGAGGUCCAAGUGUUAGAAGUGAUGCGUGCAUCAAUGCUGAAAUAUCGAUACCUCUGAUACCAGCUCUUCAUGCUCUAAAAUUGAUUCCCAAUAAAAAAUAUCGAUGCGUUUGAGACUUCAUUUGAUGUAAUGUUUGAAACGUUUGUUGAAAUAAUGGUUAGGGUUAGGGUCAUGUGUGAAUUGUGAAUAAAGUUUUCAUAUAGUUCUUAAUUAUUUUAAUGGAUUUAUUUUCCUUUUUUUUGUUGUUUAAAAUACCAUUUUCACAUAUUUUAUAUGAUUUUGUUUUUUUCUGUUGUAUAUUAGCUUGGCUAUAUUGUAAAUCACCCCGCUACCUCAAUAUACUUCAGGGUUUAAAAGAAAGACAUGCAUAAAGAAGUAGUUACAUUUAUUAUUAAAAUAUGAAUCAUCAGUGAAUUAAAUGUAUUGUGUUCUUUAUGCUAUGAUAUGAAAUACAGAACUUUUUCAGACUUACCAGACACAUUAAGUGAAUUUAAAGUAUCGGUUUGGAAUCAGAGCCGCACGGUGGCCUAGUGGUUAGCAUGUUGGCCACAUAGUCAGAAGAUCAGGAAGAUCUGGGUUUGAAUCUCCAUUGGGCAUCUCUGUGUUGAGUGUGCAUGUUCUCCCUGUUCAAGUUGUGUGUGUUUUUCGCUUGAAGUCAGCUGGGAUAGGCUCCAGUAUGCCCGCAAGCCCAGUGAGGAUAAGAGGCAUAGAGGAUGGAUGGAUGGAUGGUUUUGGAUUGCUAUCGAUGAUACCAGUCUAAUUUUUACUCAGUAUCGGAUCAGAAAUGAAAUCAGUGGUAUUGCACAUCAUUACCAAAUGGCCUCUAAAGUGAAACUAAGGUCCUUAGCGUCAUAUGCCUGCUGUGGAGACAGUCCCAGUGAUCUGUACUCUUCCCGUUAACUGUUGGUGUAUUGAUCUGAUUUGGCUUCAACCAAUCCUUGGCUAAGGGGCUGUGAGACUCAGCCAGGAGACAGAAAGGGUGAGUUAUAGUGAAAUUGUGUGUGUGAGAUUAAUUAAAAAGAACAGAGUAUCUUUGUUCCAAGUGAAAGGUCUUGUGUUAUCUCUCUAUUGUAGAUAAGCACAUAUAUGUUGCAGUACCCAUCCAGAACAGAGUGGAAAAUAUUCCAUUCCUAACAGUAGGAAUAUUACCAUCAUGUUAAAAGCAGCAGCAGUUUUUGAUAUGUUUUUGAGAAAUAAACAGGGUUAUAUCAUACCCCAGUAACCAGAGCUGAUGGAGAAACACUGAUAGCCAGUUAGAGUCAGUGACCAAAAUCUACCUAAAACCUAGGUCACAGCCGCUUGUAUGGGCUCUUACGGCCAUUGUAUUUGCAAAAAAAAACACAAGAAAUGCACAGAGGGCGUAAGUGUGACGUACUGAUUUUCAAGCCGUAGACUGGCCACAGAGUUUCUUUGUCAUAUCAAACAAACAGAUGCUUAUGUUUUUAUCAGGUUGCAAGACAAAUGUAUGCAUUUGGUACAUCUUCAUGCGUCGUCCAUAUGGCCAACGUGUCUUUUGUACAUUUUUCUGGUGUCAGGUUUGGGCAAAAUGUUAAUUUUUUCCUAUGUCGCACUUGCCAACUCCUAUGUGUGUCGUGCGCCACACUUGCACUUCACAUACAUAAUUAGUGCAGCCAAUGCACGUUCAGAUAUUUCUUAUGUGCCUCCAUGCGUGUCGCAAUCUUACUCUUUCAAUGUUACCACAACUACAUUCUCCACGAACAACAACAAAAAAAAAAACGCAGCGAUUUCGGGAUGCCAAAAAUCGCACGGCCAAAAAAAAAAUCUUAUGUCUGGUUGUGACCAAGGCUUAAAAAAAUGUUGAAUGUCAAAUAAAUUCUAUGUUCUUGCUAUACUUUCACAACAAAUGUCAUUAAACAUGUGAUAAUGAAACUCAACACAAAUUAAAUAAAUAAUGCACAAUAACUGACAGAAGCCUGGUUCCUACAACAUUUUGACUUGUAGUUUAUCAGCUACAGCCCACAGCAAGUUUUGAGUUACUUCAGCCUGCCUGUGUCUGGUUUUAAUAUUUGAAACCCCCCCUGCAAAAUAUCAAACAGUAAUUUGAACAGACUGCAUGGUAAAAACUGUGUAACCGAGUAAAAUAGUCAAAUCACCCGAAGGAUGAUCGUCUAGCUUGCCGAAGGGCGGCACCAUGCCACUUCAUAUGUCCGUUAAGUAUGUGUACAGUAUUCACUUUAGAGAUGACAUCGACGCCAUAUGUGUGCAGGGUGUCCCUAAAGUCUGGACACCAGUCAAAUUCAUGUCAAUCUCUCAACUUUUCCAUCAGAAAUGUUGGAAAUCAUAUUGAAGAUGUUAUUUGUUGUUAUUCCAAUUAAUUAACCCUGCAAUGACGAUAGGAAACGCUCUCUCCUUGUGAUCUUUGUUGCAAAUUUAUCUACUACAGUGGAAACCGUUUAUGCACACACACCCCUGCCAUCAACAUAAGCGGAUGCCGACAUAACUGAAACCAGCCAUUGCGUGCACAUUUACUUGGGACUUUGGCCAGAGACAUAAGGAGAAUGGGCGCUAAUUAGGGAUGCUCCGAUUCCGAUACUGAUCAUCCAGGACUAAAAUCAGCUGAUACCGAUCACAUGGAUUAAUUAUACAUUUUUAAAUGUAUUUAUGAUGGGUGCUAUUGGCCAGGGGUGCCGUAUAAAUGGGAAAAGUCAGGAC